AUGUAUAUCGUACGUAAUCCAUUAAAGGAUACAAUUAGUACACUAGGCAAUUCAUAUGGUUCAGCUCAUAAAUGCCUACAACGUACUUUGCGACGACUUGCACGUGAUCACACCUACAAAUUACUAUAUGAUCAGUUCAUGAAAGAAUACGAAGACUUGAAUCACAUGAGAGAAAUACCAGAAAACAAGUUAGUAAACAACCAACAUUAUUACUUACCGCAUCAUGGUGUAAUAAGAGAACAAAGUACAACUACUAAACUACGUGUAGUUUUCAAUGGUUCAAGUAAGACCACCUCAGGUAAAUCAAUAAAUGAUAUUAUGCUUCCUGGUCCAAACCUGUUAUUGAACAUAGUUGACGUUUUAACUUGGAUCAGACAAUAUCCAUAUUUAUUUUCAACUGAUAUAACAAAGAUGUUCAGACAAAUAGAAGUACACGAAGAUGAUUGGGAUCUUCAAAGAAUACUCUGGGUCGAUUCACAAAACAAUGAACAUCAUUAUCACCUCACUACGAUCACAUAUGGUACGAGAGCAGCACCUUAUCUUGCUGUAAGAACACUGCUACAAUUAGUUCAAGAUGAAGGUCAUAACUAUCCUCUAGCUGUACCAUCAUUAGUGCACGGUCGAUAUGUCGAUGAUAUAUUUGGAGGAGGAGAUACUCCAAAUGAACUUGAAGAAAAGGCUUACCAAUUGAAAGCACUUUGCAAGGCGGGCGGCUUUCCUCUUGCGAAAUGGCAUUCAUCACUACCACAUAUAACACAAGAAACAACAGAUCACAUUUGA